GCUCCCAUCUCUCUCUCAAUUCAGCCUCUCAUUUCCGCAUUCUAUCACCCCUUCUUUGUCUCUCCCCUUUAUUCGGCGAACUGAAAUCUUUGUCGGCGAUGACGAUCGGCUCAGGAGGAUCGAGUGUUGUGGGUUGAGCCAAAGAAAUUUGGGAUUCUUGCAAAUUGGCAGCGAGAGUACACCAUGGAAGACAUACUGGUACAGUUAAAGAAGGAGAUGGCAGCACCACCCAACCGAAAGCUGGUUCAGCCUCCAGAAGGUCAGCCAAUCUCAACUUGGAUGAGGAUCUUCUCGAGUUACCUGGAAGAGAAGGUCCAGAACAAACACCUGACCUGGUUGCACAACCAGGUCCAACACACCAAUUUUUGUUGUCGGCUUUAUUGAAGUGAGGUUCUGCAGGUUGAUUCAAGUUGCCAGUGAUUUCAUGUUGAAUUGUUGUGCCUUUAGAUGCUUACCCACCAAAUGCUUGAAUUGACUUUGCUCAAAUUGGAGCCAGAAGCAGCUCAGUUUACAUUUCUGAUCUCAGUGAUGCCUGGAUGGAAGAUCUAUGAUCAGCUUCAUCUAUACAUGCAGAGAGGUUAAUUAGGUUUCUAAGUGGUUUGUCUCCAUGCCAAGAUUCAGAAUUGCCUGAUGUUUGGGUGAACAGGCCUCUUUAUUAGUCAGCUACUGGGAGGCAUUUGGCAUUAAGAGGUGAGGGACCUUCGGAGUUUAUUAGUGGAUUGACCUCACAAAUGGAUUGCAAUAAUAAUUCAGUGAUGGAUGGAUGGCUUGUGCUUUCAGCUUGCUUUUGCCGGUUUACUCCAAUCCAAGAAUCCUGUAGUUACAGGAAAAACAGGCAAUCAUAUAUGUGGCCAUAAUUUCUUUUGUGCAAUCAUCGAAGAGGACCAAUGCUCAAGAAGAAGCUUUACAGCAUGAGAUUGUGCUAUUAGUGAAACAUGCAUCAUUUCCUCAAUCAUUGUGCAAUAAAGACCACCAUUUCACGCACUUUUUGCAUGAGUGAUUGCAUCAUCUGAAGCUCUGCGAUCCUGUCAGUUUUUAACCCACUUGACGCUGAUGAUGUAUGUGCAGAGAGAGAAAGAGAGAUUGUCGGAUUUUUAAUCCUACAGAGGAUUGGAUAAUCAUUGUUCCUUCGAAAAUAUAAAUGACAUGUAGCUUAAGAGCUGAGUGAUGGACAUUUACAGGAUCAACCAUCGAAUCAGCGAGUUGUUGUGAGAUUGAGCGAUGGUGCUAACCAAGGGACAGGGUUUGGUCUCGAGAUGGUGUACAGAACCGGUCAGACUUCACCCCUCUUGCAGCUCUCCCUUGGAGAAAAAUGAUGAGCACGGGCCAAACAAAGAAAGCAUUAACACGUUUUUGGAGUUGAUCGUUGCUGCACAGUUGACAUACCACUCCAUGCUUGUGGAUGCGAAUACAAGGAGAAAUUCCGGAGCUGCAAGCGCUGCUUGUCACUUCUUUCCGAGCCAACUUCUCCAGAUAGAGAUCAGCGAAGUAACGGAGUCAUGGAGUCCAAGACUGCAAUUAACAUUGGACGUAAACUUAGCAUUUCAAACAUUGGCUGGAUGUGGUGCUGGGUUGGUGAAGUUUUCUGCGUCCAUAAAAGAAAUCUGGGUUGAAUUCCCUGUUUGAGGUUUCAUUGUCUCUACUACUAGAAAAAUAAGGAAAGAAAGAAUAAUGGUGGGUAGAUGACAACCGAGUGGGCUUCCUCGAAUUCCAUCAGAAAUUAUCUCUACUCAUACCGUACACCAGUUCAGUAGUUUCCACCAUCCAAUAUUGAAUUCUGACGGCGGACUUGAAAAGCAACCUGCUGACAUUUUAGGCCCAAUCAUUCUGCAUAACAUUUACAUUCCUUACCACGGCUGGCAAUGACUUUUAAAAACAAAAAAAAAAAAGGUUGCUUAUAAUAUAUAUACUUUUAUGUGAUUACAUCUUAAUAAAAUAUGUAAGGCUUUGCAAAUUA